UUCCGGACGGAACGCAAGGUAACCGUUGACGCACAAAGAUCGACUGUGUGAGACUUCGGUCUGUGUGGACACAACCAGCGUAAACAUUUUGUUUGACUUCGGUCGACUGACUGAAAUAGUUUCCCCUAACUGUAAUGUAACUGCAGUGAACUCACAGGAUGGACGGAGAUAUUUCCGAGUUAGCUGGUCCCUCUCUUCCCCUCUCCACUCUGCGCCUCUUGAUCCCACCAAUUCGGCUCGUCUCUGCAGCCAUUUGGCAGACGGUGGAGCAGAAAAUCGUGUCCGAUUAUGGGCUGCUCGAGGAGUUUGUUUUCAUGGUUACGGACAUUGUUCCUCAACUUCUCUCCACGAGGCAGCGGGCGGAACUCAUUUUGGGUCUCAGAGCACGGCUGAUCCUGGAGUUGUGUCGCUCUGAGGACACAGCUGACCUCCACAUUAUUCAGCCGCAUCUUGACCGAAUGCAGAACCUCAGAUCUCUGUGGAACGUGGAGACUGAAAAUGCAGAACAAGAAGUAUCUGACUCACAUUUCAUGGGCCUUGUCCAAAACCUGCUGAGAGAUCCUGAAGAGAGAAGAAACUUUUUCCAGGAUGUUUUCCCAGGAGACUUUGGUCCCACGUAUGACAAAGCAAUCCAGACACUGAUGUGGCUGUUUCUGUCCAGACUUGAAAAACUUCUUCCCACCCAAACUCUCCAACAGAUUGCGUCUCUGCUCAGCGAUGCCUCGUCCGUUCUGAAUGAAUGCAUGGAGGCGUUCGCUCAACCUCAGGAGCUCAAAACACUGAUGGACACUCAGAAAGACCUCAGCCAGUUAGAUGACAUGGAUUCCUACAUUGUUGACAGUGGUAUCUUGUCGGCCCUGUGCCUCCCUCCUGUGGAAAGAGUCGUCAUCGUUAAUGAACAAACAGAAACGGAUGCAGAGAGCGGACUCGUGUACACAGUCUGCACAGAGAUGGAGGUGGAAUCUGAGAACAAAGAGGUUUACGUGGAGGGCAGCGGGAAUUCGGAAGAGUGCGUUCAAACCCAGUGGUUUGGUCUUAGCAGCGAGGUGAAAGCAGAGACGGACCCUGAGGUGGUCGCGGAUCCCAUUGAAGGCGCUGAGGCCAGCGAGAGUGAGAUGGCAGACGAACACCAUGACGACCAAUCCGGAACACUGAUGAUCGGGGAGGACGGCCAGGUGACGGUGCUUGACGGCGUGGAGAAGAAGCCAAACAGACGCGGGAGGAAAAAGAAACGUCCCGCGGAUGAAGACUACGAAGUGCAAGGCAGAGCGAGGGGCAACAAAGAAGAUCCAGAAUAUGACGUCUUGUGGGAAAGGCCAGUGAGAAAGAACCGCGGACUCAAGAUGAAACGCUACCUGUCGCAGUGGAGAAAAUCAGGAAAGACACAGGGCAGUAAUAGCACUAACAGUAGCCCGAAAAAGAUGACCAGAUCCCAAGGUUCCACCAAAAGCAAUGACCUGGACGAAAGAACGUGCAAAGUGUGCGGCAAGGUGGUGAGUCGUGCCAAGUUCUUAGAGCGUCACAUGAAUCGACAUUCAGAGGAGCUGCCCUAUUCUUGUCCUGCCUGUAAACGGUUUUAUAAGAGCUUGCGGUACUUGCAGCAACACAAAUGUCCAAGUCUUCCAAAAGCAAAGGCUGGCAGGAAAGCAAAGGAACCGGAGAAUGCAGCAGACGAGGGCGAACAAUCCUCCAGUGGGCUUCCCUGUGAGGCGACCAGUGAAGAGCAGCCGUCAGACGGCACCGCCCAGGACCCUGAUUACUCACCCUCUGCAGAGAGAUCCUGCAAAGAAUCGGAACAGAAAAGCCCCGAGGGAAGCAAAAGUGUGAUCGAAGGGCCGUUCUACUGUCCUCACUGCAGCGUCGAGUUUAAGUGCAAACAAACUUUUAGGUUCCAUUUAAGAAACAUUUGCUACAACGAGCAACAGGUGGAUCCUGAGAAGCCUGAGGAUGUUAAGCAUUGUUUCAGGUGCGAUGAAUGCGACAAGGCCUUCAAGUACAAAUCAACAUUGGACUCCCAUAAACAAACUCACAACCCGCUCUACUGCGAGGUGUGCAUGAAACUGGUGCGCGACUCGGAGGCAUUGGCAAUGCACAAAGAGUCCCACACUCCAUUUCAGUGUAACCAGUGUGAGGAGAAUUUCCCUGUGUUCAAGGCCCUUCACAAGCACUACCUCGACGUCCACAACCCCACUGAGCCUUUCACCUGCACCCACUGUCAGACGACGUUUGCCAGUUUGAAGCGUUUCAUCAGACACGAGUGGAAACACACCGGCUACCAACCAUUUCAGUGCCCUCACUGCAGCAAAAGGUUCAGAUCGUACUCUGACCUCGUGGAGCACCAGAAAAAACACACUAAGGCGUAUCCCUUCCUCUGCUGGGAAUGCGGCAAGAAAUUCAGGCACGGCGUUACCCUGACGCGCCACGUGGAGCGCGUGCAUCACUCCGGCGAACCCGUAACCGAGAAACCCACGCCGACCUUCACCUGCGCUCAGUGCGGGAAAACCUUCACUUCCAGAAGAUGCCUUCUGAAACAUGACAAUUUCACCACAAAGGGCUGCGUUUCCCCUGCGAGCACUGCGGCAAGGGAUUCUUCGGCAAGGACGCUUUGGUGAGGCAUACGCUGAUUCACACCGGGGAAAGGCCUUUCAAGUGCGACGACUGCGACAAGUCUUUCAGAUCCGCUGCAGAAUUAAAGAUCCACAGGAGAUACCAUACUGGAGAAAGACCAUUUAAGUGCAACGUCUGUGAAAAAGGUUUUGUCCAGUCCUGCUUUCUAACCUUACACAUGCGA